AUGUCCUCAACUAAGAUAGGCAUCGCCAUCUACGCCCAACAAGGCACCUACAACCGACCGCGUCCCCCGCACUGGGCGCUCGUGCUCCACCCGACGUCGUACAGCGCGCCAGACGUGCGGGUGUACCAUAUCAGGGGCCGCAACGGCGUGUGGACGCUAGGACACGACGUACGCGAGCUCCAGGGUAUGGGCGACCUUAUGGGUGUGCUGCAUAUCGCUGACAUCCCUCCGGAGCGAACUGCACCACUCAACGACAACAACAGCACCCACAACCACGGACAGGAACAUAUUCACGGCGAGCCCGUCGCGACCACAACCACCACCCCAGCACCUACAACCACUGCCGUGCAAAGGUUGUCCAGCUUCCAGCUUGAUGAUCUCGACGCGUUCAUCCAGCAGUUCCCGGCGACGAAGCAGGGAGAUGACCCGAGCAAGCUGUUCGUGUGGACGUGCGAGUCGUAUGUCAUCCGUGUGUUGGCAUAUCUGAGCCGCGAAGGCGCGCUGCAGCUACCGUGCGUGCCGGAGGAGAUGUAUGAUUACACCAGGCGAAGGAUUGCGGUGUUGAAGGCGCUGCCAAGAGACGGGGAUGGGAUUUGCAUUGUGCCUUUUGCAGAGUGA